AUGGGCUUCAACGAUGUUGACACUGGCACUUCAGAUGCUCCUGCUCCUGCUCCUGCUCCCACUGCAGCUCGGCUAUCACAAUCACACACGUCUUCAGAACUAGGUAACAAAGAGGAGGCAAUGGCAUCUACUAAUGAAAAUGUUGGCGUGGCAUCAGGUCAGAUUUCAGAAAACGGACAACACCCAUCUUUCCAACCAGACGCUCGAUUUUGGGCCAUCAUGGCUACACUCUGCGUUGUCGGUCUUCUUGCAGCCUUUGAGAAUACCGUGGUGGCGAUUGCUCUGCCCAUCAUAUCCGAAGAACUCAGCCUGGGAGAAAACUACAUCUGGGUCACCAACAUCUUUUUCCUGACAAGUGCCGCCGUACAACCGCUGUUUGGUCAGCUGGCCAACAUCUUUGGUCGUCGAUGGCUGACCAUGGCCAUCGUGGCGGUUUUUGUUUUUGGGAGCGGUUUGUGCGGCGGAGCGACCAACAGAGCAACCAUCAUUGUAGGACGGGCGAUCCAAGGCGUAGGCAGCGGCGGGAUCAGUAUGAUUAUCGAUGUCAUCGUCUCUGAUUUGGUCCCGUUACGUGAGCGUGGCAACUACAUUGCCAUUGUGUUGUCCGUCUACUUUGUCGGCAUGUGCAUCGGACCUCUGGUGGGAGGGGUCAUUGUCGACCGUACUACAUGGAGAUGGGUCUUUUACCUCAAUCUCCCCAUUGGCGGGGUCGCCAUGGUCAUGAUCUUUGUUUUCCUUCAAGUCAAGUACGACAAGGAGAUGUCGUUGCUACAAAGACUAAAACGCAUCGACUACGGCGGCAAUUUGUUGCUGAUUGGCUCCACCGUUUCGGUGCUGUACGCCCUGACGUACGGUGGCGCCAAGUACGAGUGGUCUCACUGGAGUAUUGUCCUUACAUUGGUUUCUGGUUUGUUGGGUUUGGUCUUGUUCAUGGGCUACGAAACCACCUCGUGGGCCACGGAGCCCGUCGUCCCCCCGCGACUCUUUGCGACCCGGACCUCGGCCAUUGUGUUUGCCGUAACCUUUCUCAACUCGGCCAACCUCUACUGGGUUUUGUUCUUUUUGCCCGUCUACUUCCAGGCUGUGUUGCUGGCUUCACCCACGAGGAGCGGCGUGUACCUGAUUCCGGUUAUAGUCAUUGCCGUCCCCACGGCCGUCGUUGCCGUUCUCCUCUUGGCAAAAUUCGGCAGGUAUAAGCCUCUCCACUUGUUGGGCUUCGCCUUAUCCACGCUCGGGUUGGGUCUGAUGACGCUCCUCGACGAGCACAGCAGCACCGCCGAGUGGGUGGUGAUUUCAAUGGUUGCCGGCGGUGGGGGUGGUUUCGUGCUCAACACGCUGCUUCCCGCGGCACAGGCGGGCCUCCCAGAAAGCGACCAGGCCGCGACCACGGCAGCCUGGUCCUUCACCCGCUCCUUCGGGUCGAUCUGGGGCGUGGCCAUCCCCGCCGUCAUCUUCAAUAACCGCUUCAACGAAUUGGCCUGGCGACUCACCGACCCGACACUACGAAAUCAAUUGGUGCACGGCAGGGCGUAUCAAUAUGCCUCGAGUCAUUUUGUCAAGUCUUUCAGUAGUCCCAUCCGCGAAGCACUCAUCAAGACGUACGCACUGGCGCUGAAACGGGUGUGGGAGGUUGCUAUCGUCAUUGCCGGAGUUGCCUUCCUCCUGACAAUGUUCGAAAAGGAGAUCAAGCUUCGAACAGAGCUGGAAACCGCGUACGGCAUGGAAGAGCGCAAAAAACGGGAAUCGCACGUUUGA